CUCAGCUGUGAUAACUCCCUCCGGGGUAGCAGCAGCACAGUCCCACCCAGCCUGAGGGCUCACCUCUGCUGAUGGGCCAUCAUGGACUGAAUGGCCCCAGCACAAUGGGCAGCUGCAAGGACUGAGACCAUCAAGGCUCCCAAAAUACCCCAUGACUCCCAGGAUGACAUCAUUCCAUUGUGAAACUGCCCGCCCUGGGGGAGGGGCUGAGCAUUCCCACCUGAACCUGAGCAUAUAAAAUCUGGGUUUGGGGCCUUCUGGCAACACUUAACAGAUCCAGGGCAGGAGCAGGACUCCAACAGGACUGUGACCACCGCUGUUGACAAGACUGCUCCCAUCACUUGGACAGGACUGUGUCCACCACUCUGACCAACAGGAUUUCCCACUCCCAAACCUUGGCCAGAUGGAGGAGGACGCUGUGAGGAAGAGGAAGAUGCCCCAGGACACCCAGGCAGACAAGGAGCUGAGGACAGAGCCCAGGGAGGACAAAUCCCCGCGGCAGAACCUGGUGGAAGAGGCCGUUUUGAGCAGCUCCAUGGUGCAGGAAUCCAACGGGGAGGAAAAGCCCCGGAGAUCCCGCAGGAGGAGGGGCUGCAAACGCAGCCCAGGGAGCUGUGAGGAGGAAAGACCCACCCUGUGCCAGGAAGGCGGCCGGAGAUCCAGCCAGAGCUCAAACCUGGUGGUCCAUGAGCAGCAUCAUGCUAGGGAGAAACGCUUCAAGUGCUUGGAAUGUGGGAAGAGCUUCAGCCAGAGCACCAACCUGAUCCACCGCUGGUUGAUCCACACCGGGGAACGGCCCUACGAGUGUGGGGAAUGUGGGAAGAGCUUCAGCCAGAGCUCCCACCUGAUUCACCACCAGAUGAUCCACACAGGGGAGAGGCCCUAUGAGUGUCCCGAGUGCGGGAAGAGCUUUCAGACCAGCUCCAGUCUCCUCCUGCACCAGCGGAUUCACACAGAUGAGAGGCCCUUCCACUGCCCCGACUGCGGGACGGGCUUCAGGUACAACUCUGACCUCACCAACCACAAACGAAUCCACACUGGGGAGAGGCCCUACGAGUGUUCCAAAUGUGGGAAGAGCUUCUCCAGGAGCUCUCACUUGACCAGACACCAACAGUGCCACCAGUAAGGGAAGCCCUGCGAGUGCCCUGAGUGCAGGAAGAGCUCCAACUUCAUCUCGCAGCAGAGGAUCCAUGUGGGGUGAUGCACAGUGACCCCCGUUGGGCAGAGACCUGGUGACCCCUGUUCCAGAUGAUCCCCAUGGUUGCGGGGAAUGUUUGAGAGAUUUAUUUCACUUCU